UGUAAAAAGCAAGGAUUGACAUCUUUUGUAUUAUGUCUACGUGAAUAUUUUAUGAAUAAUCUAUUGUUUUGCAUUUUAAAAAUAAAGAGAUGGCUUGCAAUUCUUGCUUUAAAGCAUUUUCUAUAUUUCGACAAGAAAAAGGUUGCCCAAAUUGUGGGUUUAGCUAUUGUUCAAAGUGUUUGAACUACAAAAUGUUUGUAAAAAAAUUGAACGAAGAGAGAAAGGUUUGUCUUAAAUGCUCACGUCUAUCAAUCAAUAAACCAGAUAAAGCACAUGUCAUUCCUACUGAUGCUUACAAUAGGAAUGCUUUAUCCAAAGACAAUAUGAGUACUUCUAAACAAAAUGAUAAUGUUGAAACCAAUAGGAUUGAUGAAGAAAUUAAAGAAAGAUUGAAAAAAUUAAAACAACCUGCUUUGUCAAAUAUUGAAGUUAGUAAUAAGGAUAUAGCAGAAAGAUUACAGAAAUUAAAGGAAGACUCUGUGACUUCAAAUGAUGUAAAAUUACAUCCAAGUUUAGCUACAGCAGGUAGUUCAUCUGUUACUGUUUUGGAUGUCAAGAAGAAAAAAAGUGAACAAGAGGAAGUUAAUGAUUUACUAGUUGAGCUGGAGGAGAAAUCUAAAAUUGACACAAAAUACAAUAAAGAUUUUGAAAAUAAACUAUCCGAAAUUGAGAUAAGACUGCAGAAAUUAAGAAGUUCCAACACAAAUGCGGACAUAGUUGGACAAACAUUAAAAAGGAACAUACCAGAUAAUGAACUAACAGCACCUAGCCAAAUUUUAGGGAAGGCAAUAAAAACUGAACAAGAGGAACUUAAUGAUUUAUUAAAACAACUGGAAGAGGAAUCAAAAAUUGAAGAUCUGUAUAACAACGAUUUUGUUACGAAACUCAAUGACCUUGAGAAAAGGUUAAACAACUUAAAAAAAUCCCAAUCGAGUACAGAUGAAGAGGUUCAAAAAUUGAAAAAUAAUCCAGUUGAUGAAGAAACUGUCAUAAGAGAAAUAAUUGAAAAGAUACAAACAGAUGUAAACAAUAAAGAUACAGAAGAGCUUUCAACAGAUUUAAAUAAUGAGUUGCCAUUUUGUGAAAUAUGCAAUGAGGAUGCCAAAGUUCGCUGUAGAGGAUGUAAUUACUUGUUCUGUAUAAGAUGUUUCAAUGAACAUAAAGAUGAAGAUUGUAAUGAAUAUGAAAUUUAUAAUGCACCAAAAUAGACUACAAUUUGUAACUUUUUAUAAUAUUUAUAGAUUUAAUUUUAUUUCAUCUGUUUUGUUACACCAUGUAUAUAAAAGAGCUUAGUGUAAAUGUACUGAUCUGUCAUUUAUACUUUUAUAUUUCCAUAUGUUACUAGCUGUCGCCCGCGACUCCGUCCACGCGCAGUUA